AUGUCCUAUCGAGAUUACCAAGAUGAAACGAAGUAUGAAGAACUGUCCGCAAUAGACUGCAUCUCGAUGUUCUUUCUUUCGAUCGCGAUAAUUUUGACAAGUUUGCUCUGCGCACUUUGGAUAUUGGUCGAGUUUAAUAUCGAAGAAGUUAUUAAUUUUAUCGUAGUUCUCUUUGGUCAGGCGCCUUUGUUCGACUCGCCGCGGAAACCACCUUCCAUUGAUAUUACCAACAUGUCCGAUGUCGGUUCGGAGGCGAUGAGCAGAAGGAGCCGCGCGGAACGAUAUAGCAUUUACAGAAACAGUUGCCAUUUUAUCGUUGAAGAAGAAGCAAACGAGCUUCAAGAAGGAAUUAUUGAAGAAGUCGAAGAAGAAGAAGAUGGAUUUUCCUAA